AGUCCUUGUUCGUGUUCAAGAUAAGAAUCUCUUGUAUACACUCUUAGCUUUAAAUGCUUUCUAGAGUAAGCUUUGACCCACAAUGUUUUUUUGUUUUUUGAUUUCCGUAUGUAUAGGCUACGCUUCUUCCUUCUUACUGGAUGGAAUCACAGUUGAUUGUCCCAAUCCUGCUGAAAAUUGUCUACAAGAAACCUUUAACAGAGUAUUUGAGGAUCUUGGAUGUUUGGGAUGUCAAACUGGUUGCCAGGCUGAUUAUAUUUUAACAGCGAAUAGGAACUAUUAUAUCACAAGCGGUAAUUUAAGUGGCACAUACGAUUACAUGGGGAUUCAGGUGGCCAAGUCUAAAAACGUUUCGGAACCACAGUGGCUAUGUCUUAAUGGAUCAACAUGCCCUUGGGGUCAUUUUUUAGACAAACUUGGAACAGUUGAAUCAUGCUCAUAUUGUGGUGCUGGAUGUCAGACAUGCAACAGCUUCUCCAAUUGUGACCAGUGUUUAUUAGGAUUUCGCUUGUCCAAGACUACAUUAGAAAACGGAAGAGAAGAGAGUCAUUGUGUAACUACUGGAAUACCAUGCCCUAAUCCGCCAGAGAAUUGCGAACACGAAGUCUUCGCUAGUUCUGUAGUUGGAUGUCAAGGUUGCAUAUUCUGUCAAGCUGGAUUUCUUCCAAUCGCUAAUUCAAACUAUCGUAGAAGUGCUGACAACAAAACUGCUGACUACGACUAUUUAGGUUUAACUAUCUCUGGUACCAUUGAAAUAAACGAAGCUCGUUAUACUUGUAUAAAGGGACUAAAUUGUCCAGCUGGAUUUCAUAUGAAUGUAAGAGGUGAUUUAAAGACAUGCGAAGCCAGUGCAACUACAUGAUUUGAAUAACACUACGGUAUUUGCAGUUAUAAAAAAUAUAACAACUUAAAUUUUUAC